AGGCGGGAUUCAGUGACACUCCACCUGAAAAUUUUCUUAUCGUCAUAUGACCCAUUCUUGCUAGUGGCAGUCGAGUAAGCCAUAUUUGUCAGUGGGUUCGCUGGUUCCGUGCUGUGUUGUGCACCUUUUUAGCUCGUUCUGACCUGUAAAUACUCUGCAAUUAAACUAACACCAUGUCGUCCGAACUAACUGAAACCAACCCCGUCUACGGACCAUUCUUUGGAGUUAUGGGAGCAGCGUCAGCAAUUAUUUUCAGUGCUCUGGGGGCUGCAUAUGGAACGGCCAAAUCAGGAACCGGAAUUGCCGCCAUGUCGGUGAUGCGGCCCGAACUUAUCAUGAAAUGUAUUAUUCCCGUUGUAAUGGCGGGUAUUAUUGCCAUUUAUGGUCUGGUCAUAGCCAUUCUUAUUGCGGGUAACAUCGCAUCACCCGACAGCGGUUACACCCUUUACAAAGGCUUCCUACAUUUGGGUGCCGGUCUUGCAGUGGGAUUUUCCGGCUUGGCAGCAGGAUUCGCCAUCGGUAUAGUGGGAGAUGCAGGAGUGCGAGGAACGGCACAACAGCCCAGACUGUUCGUCGGAAUGAUUUUGAUCCUCAUUUUCGCUGAAGUAUUAGGUCUUUACGGUUUGAUCGUAGCUAUUUUCCUUUACACCAAGAAUUAAGUACGAUUUCGUUGCGGUGUUUCAAAACGUUCAGGUCCUUCUCCCAUCAAUUUCCCAUUUCACAGUCAAACAACCUUCCGUGGUCAUCCAGAAAUUCUUUCAAAUGCUAGUCGUGUAAAAAGAGAUGUAAAAUUGUACACCAAAGCGAAUGUGACCACGCGCAUAUUUAACUAUGAUAGGGUGGGCAGUGAUCAGUCAUUGCUGGCCGUAUCAUAAUGUAAAUAGAAUUUCGCAUCAUUUUUAGUCAGUUUCGCGAGGGUUUACUUCUAUCUAAUUAAUGUAUAGUCCAUAGAUCUUAGGUUCUUUAUUUCGUAUUGAGAUAUAUUUAAAACGACUCUAUUGAGUCGCUAUUUAAAUAAAAUUUGAAAAAUAGCACAAUUUAUUUUUAAUUUCAUCGAACAUAGUUGUUUAUUUCGAUUUUAUUGCCUCUAGUGCUUCGACUCGUGUGUUCAAUGAGUCCCAGCUAGUAGAGGUUGGCGUUCUCUUUAAUUGUCAUUCAUUCUACAUAUCAUAUAGUUGUUGGAUUCCGCCGAUUGUUACUCUUUUUUGUCCCAUGUGUUGUGCUAUACUUUAUCCACUUAACAGUUCCAACCGAGUCAGAUACUAUACCAUCUUUUGAAGAUCGUUUGCAUUGCAGUAUUAGAUUAUCUUAAGUUUAAUGUUUAAUUGGUGUCUAAAAUGAAUAGCCGCAAAAUUAUUGGACAUUUGAAUGCAACUUCGAGUCAUUUUCUCUCUCAUCCUAGGCUAUUUCCGAACCCCAAUUAUCUAUAACAAUAAUUGUUGUAAAUAAAUAGCAGCAUUAUGUAUUGAUGGUUUGAUGUCCAUAGUUAUUACGUGUUAGCUUCCUAAAUAAUGUAGCCAAGCUCAGUCAGGAAACUUUGUUGAACUGUACCUAACAACGAAAACGGACGGGUAUGUUCAACUCGGUUUAUCGUUACUAACAUUAAGAUGGUAUAUAUUUCCUGUUUUAUUUUAGUCACCUCAUAGCAAAAUGUAAUGUUGAUGCUUCGUGGAUGUCUAUUGUCUCAGUCUAACAACCGAUUCUCUAAACCACAGCUGGCUUUUAUAAAAGACAUAUUGUUAAGGUUUCGAGUCAUUAAGGAACAAAGCUCGCUUUUUUCUAAUUAUCUCGUGUGACGUAAUAGUUUCCCCAAUCACAACCCGUUAGAACAUGAUUUUGAAGACAAAAGGCAUCCUACUUGUUAUAGAGUGUUACGACGUAGGAUGGUCUCUGUAAUGAAGGGAACAGCAAAAUUAUGUUGAAAAUAAAUAAUUUGUACAUUCCAUUACAA